AUGGAACAAACAAUCGCCGAGUUAAGACGUCAGCUCGAGGAAGAGAAGACAGCGCGAGAAGAGGAGAGACAGGCUCGAAAAGAGGAGAGACGAGCGCGAGAACAGGCAGAAGAGCGCGAGAAGCAGGAAGCAGAAGGAAGGCGCCAGGCAGAAGAGGAAGGAACCCGAGAGAAGGAGAAGACUCGACCAACUGCUUUCAUCGAACUCAUGCGACUUUCUCACAAUUUGCUCUCCCGACCGUUGAGGGUUGAGACACCAUCUCGCUCGACUAGCGGUAAAGUCCCUCAGCCCACUGGAAAAUACUGUCCGACACGUUUGGAAUGUUGGACAGACUGCCCAGAGCAACAGUCGGAGUUCUACAGGUCCGUAUGCAACUACCUACAAGUGGCACCCGGGGGGGCGCCGCGUUUGUUCUCAUCUUUGCAUGAGUUAGAAGGAUUGGGCAGGCGACUUUGCCGCAAACCUAUAAGCAGCGAGCAAGAACUGGAGGCUUAUGAGCGGUUCGCUGUGGAGGAACACGUCUAUGAUAUAAUACAGGCGUUGUGCAACAUUCCCGCUGCUCGCGAAGAGUUCGGCCUCGGCGAUGGCAUUCAGUUCAGCAAUCAUACGAACUCCUUGACCGCGAACACAGCUGUUGAGGCGGAAGCGAGCCAGCCUUCAAGCAUACAACACCCAAGGCCUGAUCAAUUUUGUAUUCAUCGCGUCGAUGGCGUCACAAAAAACCUUUUAACAAGUGUCGAGUACAAGCCCCCGCACAAGCUUCCCGUCGCAACCCUUCGAACCGGACUUCGACCAAUGGACUUAUGGAAGUAUUUGGUCCGAUCAAAUAAGAUACCCACGGACCAGGAAGCCAAGUUGAAAUACAACGCAGCGAAACUUGCCUGCUCCGCUCUUGUUCAGGAGUAUCAUGUGAUGAUCCAGGAGGGGCUCGAGUAUUCCUACGUGACCAACGGGAUCGCCCGUGUCCUGCUCCGCGUCCCACGCGAUGAUCCUAGCACACUUUAUUACUUCCUUUGUAAUCCUAACAGUGAGAUAUAUUCCGAAGACAGAGGUUCUUUCCAACAGCCCAGAAGUUCCAUUGCACGGACUCUAUGCCUGUGUUUGAUGGCUUUCCGCUCACCUGUGCGCGGCCAGGAGUGGAGGAAUUCUGUGCGACCUCAUCUUCGUACAUGGGAGACUAAUUUUGACCACACUCGUUCUCAGUUUUCUAAUACAGAAUUACAGCAGAUUGUCCUCCACUCGGACAGCACAACCAUAGAUUUCCCGAGUCCAGAAUCUGGCUCAUCUUACGCGCUGCCAUCAUCUCCACCGGAUUCGCCCACAGGAGGCGGUCGUCGGGUGCCCACCAGGUCCCAAGCUACCUGUGCUCCUCCUGACGAGCAACGCCGCUCCCAGUCGCCGGAGAUAUCUGAUUCCGAUCCGAACGCAACGGGACGGAAACGUGGAUUCAGCCAAGUCAUGUCCUCGCCGUCUACCCGACAAGCUACCGGUCGUCACGAAUCCAGAGACAACCAAGCCAGUCAGACACGGCGCCACAAUGCGCAAUUUUGCACACAGCGGUGCUUGCUUGGAUUGCAGACAGGAGGUGCCUUGGAUGACCGUUGUCCAAAUGUGAGAGUUCAUCGUCGGGGCCAAGAUAGCUUCAGACAUCUCAUCACCUCAGAGGAUCUGCUGCGCCUGCUUAAAACAGAAUUGGACGAAAACAUUGACCGCUGUAUACCUUUUGGAAGAUGCGGUUCAUAUGGUGCUCCCUUCAAAUUGACCUGUGCUGCAUAUGGUUAUACUGUCAUCGGGAAAGGAACCACGUCUGGAUUGUGGAAAGAAGUCUCCAGGGAAGCGCAGGUGUAUCAAAUUCUGCAGAAAGCUCAAGGGUCUGCUGUGCCUGUUUUCCUGGGUACGAUUGACUUGGCAAAAAUAUAUUUUCUUCAUGGGGCUGGAGAGAUUCGUCAUAUGCUCGUCAUGGGCUGGGGUGGGGAAAGCACAUCAACGAUGGAGCUGUCGCCUUGGCUUCGCGAAGAGAUGCGCAAGUCUUACAAGCAAAUCAAACAUUUGGGAAUUGUCCAUGAAGAUCUUCGGCGUGACAAUAUUCUUUGGAAUGAGGAAUUAGGACGGGCCUUAAUCAUCGACUUCCAUCGCACUACUUUGGGAUAUCGGCCAAAUCGACAUCGACUCCAAGCUGCAAAGCGACGUCAAUGUGGAACAGAGACAGAACCUACGAAACGUUUUCGUGUUUCUUGA